AUGACGGCGGUCACAUAAAUGCUUCAAAUUCAGUCCACGUACCUCAUCUGCUAAUUGUUAGAAUUUCUUUGAGCGUCUCAGAUCUGAUUUUAGGUUAAUUGUGGUAGCAAUUUUUUCUUCUCAUGGGUUUAUGAUUUGAUUAGCGUUUGCUUUUUUCUGUAUUGGAUGGAUUUGAUGCACAAUUUUAGAUAGUUGAGAUGUUGAUGGAUGAGGCAAAACUCUUGCUAGGCUUUCCUACUAAUUCUUGCCCCAAUGCUUCUCAGGUCAAAGCUGCUUAUAGAAGGAAGGUAUGGGAGACUCAUCCUGAUUGCUUUCCAGUUCAUCUCAAACCUAAUGCAGAACUCAAAUUUAAGAUGAUUUCAGAAGCAUACACUUGCCUGCUUUCUGGUGCAAGACAAGAAGGUGAACAUGUAGUUGGAUAUUCGCGUGUUGUAAGAAGUGGUGUUCCUAGAGGAGGAGGAGGAGGAGGGAGGACGAGAAACCAUGCACUGAUUGGGCUUCCCUUUCUUUUUAUUAUCUUGGGAACUGCAGCAUUGGGAGGAACAAAUGUUGCCAGGGCCUACAGAAAACAGAAGGCAGAUUAUCCUUCUCAUAAUCCUUUUCUGCCUUGAUUAUUCAUAAAAUAUUUGUGUAUAAAUACGGUAUGUAUGAAGUUAGUCCUCCAUGAAAUAUAACAUUUAUGUAAUAUUUUGGAGUUGUUCAUUAUGUAAAAUUAGACUAUAGUUUAGGUCAUGGAAGUUCACUUUUGACUCCAUUGAAGCAAUGAUCCCUUAAUCGAUGUUGUAAUAUUUUCUUGCAUACAACUGUUGCACAUUUGAUAACUGAAAUUCAUAGCCUCCCUUGUUCUAAAUACAUUUUUAGUGCAUCACAAAAAUACUGAUAUUUGUUCAUCAUAAAUAAGGUAUGUAAGUGGCAUUUUGGCCCAA